CGCGGAGAGCCAAGAGGCGGAAGUUCCCGCGGGCUGUAAGGUCGGCGCUCGCACCGCGAAUCACUUGUCAGCGCUCGUCUGAGGCGGAGGCAGCGCCGCGCCGGACCCGAGUUUCUUUCACUUUCUGGGAUUGAAUUUUGAGCCAUCAAAACCAUGAGCAACUACAGCGUGUCCUUGGUUGGUCCUGCUCCUUGGGGUUUCCGGCUGCAAGGUGGCAAAGAUUUCAACAUGCCUCUGACAAUUUCUAGUUUAAAAGAUGGCGGCAAAGCCUCCCAGGCGAAUGUGAGAAUAGGUGAUGUGGUUCUCAGCAUCGAUGGAAUAAGCGCCCAUGGAAUGACUCAUCUUGAAGCCCAGAACAAGAUUAAGGGUUGUACAGGCUCUUUGAAUAUGACUCUGCAAAGAGCAUCUGCUACACCCAGGCCCGAGCCGGUUCCUGUUCAAAAGGGAGAACCUAAAGAAGUAGUUAAACCUGUACCCAUUUCAUCUCCUGCUGUGUCCAAAGUCACUUCCACAACCAACAUGGCCUACAAUAAGACACCACGGCCCUUUGGUUCUAUGUCUUCACCAAAAGUCACAUCCAUCCCAUCACCAUCGUCCGCCUUCACCCCGGCCCACGCGACCACUUCAUCACAUGCUUCCCCUCCCGUGGCUGCUGUCACUCCUCCCCCAUUCGCUGCAUCUGGACUGCAUGCUAAUGCCAAUCUUAGUGCUGACCAGCAUUCACCUGCACUGAGCGCUGGUAAACCUGCAGUUAAUGUCCCACGGCAGCCCACAGUCACCAGCGUGUGUUCCGAGACUGCUCAGGAGCUAGCAGAGGGACAGAGAAGAGGAUCCCAGGGUGACAGUAAACAGCAAAAUGGGAAAAUCCCACCUAAACGCCCACCGAGAAAACACAUUGUGGACCGUAACACGGAGUUUUAUCACAUACCCACCCACAGCGAUGCCAGCAAGAAGAGACUGAUUGAGGAUACAGAAGACUGGCGUCCGAGGACGGGCACAACGCAGUCUCGCUCUUUUCGAAUCCUGGCCCAGAUCACUGGGACUGAACAUCUGAAAGAAUCUGAAACUGAUAAUACAAAGAAGGCAAACAACACCCAGGAGCCUUCUCAGCAUUUGGCUCCAUCAGUAGCUUCAGCACGGAGCAUGCCUGAGAGGCCAGGAAGCCCAGCCUCUGCCAGACCAGGGGUGGCUGGUCUCACAACUGCUGCUGCCUUCAAGCCUCUAGGAUCCACCAGCACCAUCAAGUCACCAAGCUGGCAACGGCCAAACCAAGCAGCACCUUACACUGGAAGAAUCUCAAAUAGUGCAGCUUCCUCAGGAGCAGUGGGACCAGCCGCCUCCUCUGUGGGGCAGCCCCAGCCAAGUGACCAGGACACUUUAGUGCAACGAGCUGAGCACAUUCCAGCAGGAAAACGAACUCCAAUGUGUGCCCACUGUAACCAGGUCAUCAGGGGACCAUUUCUAGUGGCACUGGGGAAAUCUUGGCACCCAGAAGAAUUCAACUGUGCUCACUGCAAAAAUACAAUGGCCUACAUUGGAUUUGUGGAGGAAAAGGGGGCCCUGUAUUGUGAGCUCUGCUAUGAGAAAUUCUUUGCUCCUGAAUGCGGUCGAUGCCAAAGGAAGAUCCUUGGAGAAGUCAUCAAUGCUUUGAAACAAACUUGGCAUGUUUCCUGUUUUGUGUGUGUGGCCUGUGGAAAACCCAUUCGUAAUAAUGUUUUUCACUUGGAGGAUGGUGAACCCUAUUGUGAGACGGAUUAUUAUGCCCUCUUUGGUACUAUAUGCCGUGGAUGUGAAUUUCCCAUAGAAGCUGGCGACAUGUUUCUGGAGGCUCUGGGCUAUACCUGGCAUGACACUUGCUUCGUAUGCUCAGUAUGUUGUGAAAGUUUGGAAGGUCAGACCUUUUUCUCCAAGAAGGACAAGCCUCUUUGCAAGAAACAUGCUCAUGCUGUGAAUUUUUGAAAGUCAACAGUUCAAGAGAAGAGAAGAAAUUUGAAAAGAAAGAGGAGAAUUAAAAUUACCAAUUAAUUUUUAGAUUUAAUAUUUAUAUGGAGUUUGAAAAAUAAUAGUGGCCCUGAAGGGAUAAAUUCCAGCUUUAAAAACCGAGUCUUUGAAGAAAUAUUUGGCUACAUAACGUAAAGAGACAGUUUGGCAUUUAUUAUUACUUUUUUCCCUGUAUUUUCUGCCCAUAAAAUAACUUUCAUAAAAAUCAAUUUCCUGGUUGACUAUUAAAUUCAUCUUAGAAUAAAUUAGUAAAGAAUUAAAUUUUAGAAAAUCUCAAACCUCUAUGCUGAAAUAAUUAUGGUUUCUUUCCUUGUUAUGAGUAAAUCUGUAAAAGGCAAUGAAAGUGCCUUAUACUUUUAUCAUUAAAUGAAACAUUGUAUUUUUUUUAAGAAUAAUGUUUAUCUUUAAAACAGUAAAUAGGAGUUUAAACAGAGCAUUUUAUCAGUAGGUGUCAAUUUUUACAAACUGUGUACAUUUUUUUUGUCUUACAAUCGAUCAUUCCAGUAGGAAAGAUCAAUGAGAUUUUUCAUCAAAAUGCAUCAUGCCAAUAAGAGAUGCUAUAUUUUUCUUCAUCCCUUUCAAAAGCUACCUACCAUAUGGCUUAUAAAUCUCAAAUUUUUGCCUUUUAUUAAAAUAUGGCCAUUCCUAUUCAUUGUGUGUGUUUUAUCGCCUAUAUUAGUCAAACUCUUUUUACCCCCGCUCCUUCAUGCUGAGGUAAAGAGCUAAUUGGAUAACUUUGGACUGUAACAGUUUUCUCUCUAUAUAAAGAGAAUAAGUAGGAAAGAAUGUGGUUGUAUCCAAAAUAUUCUCCUCCCCAAUUCAGAUCAUGAAUCGGUUUCAGAGUUGUACUACUGACAAGUGAAGGUUUGAGAACUCUCUUUGCAGAGUAUUUUUUUCUUUAAUUCUACAUUAGAAAAAUAAAAGAUUGGCUUGGGGAUGUGAUAAAAUCUUGAUUGUUUUUUUCUUUUGAUCAUUCUCUUUCAGUAAUAAAUGAACCACUUCUAAAGGUGAUCAUGAAGUUUGGAAACUUUUAUUCACAGAGGUUUGGUAGUAUAGGAGGGCAUAUGAUUAAUUACUCAGACUAGCCCAUUAUUUGUUUUCUUCAUUUGGGGAAAAUUAUGUGGAUACCACAUGAAGACAGAGAAACAAUUGUGGUAAAAUUGUAGAUCCUAUUGAUAUUUGCCCAGUGAGAAAAGCAAUUAUGGCAUUUGAUAGUUUUUCUCUUUGUUUUCAGAUAUGAUGAAAGCCCAUGAUCCCACUAAGUUAUAAUUUAAAUUCAUUUGGAGCAAGAUGCUUUUAAAGUUGAGGCUGAACCCGAAGUCUUUCCUGCCCCAUCAUCACUCACUAAUUACUUCACUUCCAUUGUGUACAUGUUUGUUAUAGAGGGAGGUUUUAAGCUACAAUAUUUGUUUAACCUCCCUAAGAACUUUUCAAGGCAUCUGUCCUGAAAGUUGUUAAUAUAUGGUCUAGCAGAUUUAAAUUAUAUACAGAUAAUAAUUAACUGGGGAUAAAAGAAUGAGAAGGAUGACACAAAGUGGCAAACUGAAUACUUCACUUAUAGUAACCCCAAACCACCUCCUCACCUUGCAUCUUGCAGGGAGGCAGGAAGUUUUUUUGUUUUUUUUGUUUUUUAAGUGCUGUAACUGAAUCAUGCAUUAUUUUUCAUUGCUGCUGAAACUACCUAUAGAAGACAUGCUGGCUAAUGUGCCUUGUCACAUAUCUUGAUGUCAGCCUUUUGCUUCACACAGCAUAAAAUAAGUUGGUGGUUUUGUUUUGAUGUGGUAGAAGUUUUUUUUGUUAUUUAGUUUUGCAUUUAUGGAUUUUAUAUACAAAAAUUGUAUUUGGUAAGUCAGUGGUAGUUCCUUCAAAGAAUUUUAUUUGACCUGGGUUUCUUAUAAAGUUAUAUUAACAAUAUCAUUUUUAUAGACUUUUCUUUCUACAUAUUAUUCAUGGAGCAUAAUGUUGCAUUUCUCUAAAUUUUAUCUCGAAAAAGGUAACAUUACAUCCUAAUUUAUCAUUUUGUCUUUGUGCUUUGUCCUUCUCUUCUGUGACAGAGCUUUAUAUCUAUAACUAAAACAGUUAAUCCUGUGAAAUAAAUAUUGAUCAUAACCCAGAAGAAUCUCUAUUUUCCAGUGGGGAAUGCCAUAUUUAACAUACCAGCAUUAAUCUUUUAAUAACUGGCAGAGCACUUUAUUCUUCUGGCGAGCUCCCUGAAUAUUUAUUUUUCUGAUUAUAAAUAUUCCGAGUCAGUAGCAUUUUUUAAAUUAUUACGUCUUCACUGUAGAGCAUUUACUUUUAGUCUCUUUAGAUGUAUAUUUUGAAAUGCUGUACUUAGUAUAAUAUAGAUUAAAAUCAUAGUACAUAACUUUAAAACAUCCCUUAUUUGGAUUUCUCUGUUUCAAAAUGCUAGUGAUAGGUUCAAAUUUCUCUAGACUUACAAGGACAGAACGUUGCCCGCCAUAGUAGCAGCCAAAAAAUGGUCUUCUGUGCUUAUGUUUAUAGUAGCUUACACAUUUCUAUUGAUUCAGGUUACAUUAAGAAUCUAAAACUAAAACUUAAUUGUCUGGUCAGUAUUAAGACAAACAAAUAGUUUUAAUCUUCAAAUUAUUAGUGCAGCAUUAUGUUUAAAAAUUACCUACGACAAAAUGUGUUAAUGAUACCAUUUUCAAGGGGUACUAUAUUAGGACCACUUUUAUAGAAAAUAAUUCCUCGGCCUCCGAAUCUAGUAGUAUGUUAACAUUUUUGUGAUGAUUCAAAGGAGAGGCUUUUCAGACAUAGGGAAGGGAAAACAUACUGAAUAAUUUCACACAGAUCUAACGUGGCUUCAGUUUGUCACUCUUCAUCCCCUAAUGUUUUAAGGUAUUGGGUUUGAAUUCUCAAUGUAUCAUUUGCCUUAUCUAUUAAUCUCUACUUUCUGUUUCUUUACGUUUUUAAUUUUAUAUACGUCUAUGCUGUUUUGCUUUUGCUUUUGGAUGUAUUUUCUAAUUAAAAACCAUGUGAGAAGUGUAAUCAGUAUAGUAAUACCUUAAUGAGCACAUAAUAAAUAAAUGGCUGCAGUGAUGUAGA